AUGGCAAGGUGUAGGAAGCAGGAGAAGGUGCAGGAAGCAGGAGAAGGUGGCAGGAAGCAGGAGAAGGUGCAGGAAGCAGGAGAAGGUGGCAGGAAGCAGGAGAAGGUGGCAGGAAGCAGGAGAAGGUGGCAGGAAGCAGGAGAAGGUUGUAAAUAUGAUGUCAUUAUAUGGCAGCGGCACACAGACGCCAUGACCUUCCUCACUCCUGUCAAUAAAGAUGUUAAUAAUAAUAACUCCUCAGACAAAUACAAUGAGGCUAAAUACUUCAGCAACUCUGAAGCAGAAUAUAAGGUCACAUUAUCGCCUCACAACUUCCUGAAGGAAAUGAGGUUAUGGAAGUUAGAAGAGAUCUUGAGCUACUUAUGUGCACCAGGCAACAGCACCGUGGCAAGGUCGCUGAGGAAGGGAGGACAGCAGAACACAUCAGUGCAUCAGUUGGCUGGAGUAAUGCGGCUGCUGCUGACAAUCCCAGUCAUUAUGGACUUCAGGCCGCUUGAGUCGAAUGAUGCUGGCACUGCAGCUGGAACCAAGAAUAUUGGCACCACGUCCAGUAGUGACACAGAUGAAGAUGAGAACAGCUUCAACAUCUCAGAUGAAGAUGAGAACAGCUUCAACAUCUCAGAUGAAGAUGAGAACAGCUUCAACAUCUCAGAUGAAGAUGAGAACAGCUUCAACAUCUCAGAUGAAGACGAGAACAGCUUCAACAUCUCAAAUGAAGAUGAGAACAGCUUCAACAUCUCAAAUGAAGAUGAGAACAGCUUCAACAUCUCAGAUGAAGAUGAGAACAGCUUCAACAUCUCAGAUGAAGAUGAGAACAGCUUCAACAUCUCAGAUGAGGAUGAGAACAGCUUCAACAUCUCAGAUGAAGAUGAGAACAGCUUCAACAUCUCAAAUGAAGAUGAGAACAGCUUCAACAUCUCAAAUGAAGAUGAGAACAGCUUCAACAUCUCAAAUGAAGAUGAGAACAGCUUCAACAUCUCAGAUGAAGAUGAGAACAGCUUCAACAUCUCAGAUGAAGAUGAGAACAGCUUCAACAUCUCAGAUGAAGAUGAGAACAGCUUCAACAUCUCAGAUGAAGAUGAGAACAGCUUCAACAUCUCAGAUGAAGAUGAGAACAGCUUCAACAUCUCAAAUGAAGAUGAGAACAGCUUCAACAUCUCAGAUGAAGAUGAGAACAGCUUCAACAUCUCAGAUGAAGAUGAGAACAGCUUCAACAUCUCAGAUGAAGAUGAGAACAGCUUCAACAUCUCAGAUGAAGAUGAGAACAGCUUCAACAUCUCAGAUGAAGAUGAGAACAGCUUCAACAUCUCAGAUGAAGAUGAGAACAGCUUCAACAUCUCAAAUGAAGAUGAGAACAGCUUCAACAUCUCAAAUGAAGAUGAGAACAGCUUCAACAUCUCAGAUGAAGAUGAGAACAGCUUCAACAUCUCAGAUGAAGAUGAGAACAGCUUCAACAUCUCAGAUGAAGAUGAGAACAGCUUCAACAUCUCAGAUGAAGAUGAGAACAGCUUCAACAUCUCAGAUGAAGAUGAGAACAGCUUCAACAUCUCAGAUGACAGCUUCAACAUCUCAGAUGACAGCAUCAACACACUAAAUGAAGAUAGCAUCAACACUCCUGGAGUGUUGAUGCCUUCGGUAAUGACAACACUCCUGGAGGAUAGCAUCAACACUCCUGGAGGAUAG